UUUACAAACACGCGCGCGCGCGCGCGGGGAGACGAACAUUGCAGCGACCAGCAGCCAGAAAGAGGACUCGCCGACCCAGGCGAACUCCACCGCGCCGCGGAUUUGCGCUUCAACAGAAACGCGUCCCGCACGGACACCCGCAACACAGAAACAACCCGCGCGAGUCAUUACAAGCCAAAUAAAAUGUCGUCGGCCAAGGACAGCGGGCAUUACGCCAACUAUGUGGGACCGUACCGCUUGGAGAAGACGCUGGGGAAAGGACAGACAGGUCUGGUGAAGCUGGGUAUCCACUGUGUGACGUGUCAGAAAGUUGCCAUAAAGAUUGUCAACAGAGAAAAGCUCAGCGAGUCUGUUCUUAUGAAGGUGGAGCGGGAGAUCGCCAUUCUGAAACUCAUAGAGCACCCCCACGUUUUAAAGCUGCACGACGUCUAUGAAAACAAGAAAUACCUGUACCUGGUGCUAGAGCACGUGUCCGGGGGCGAGCUGUUCGACUACCUGGUGAAAAAGGGCCGGCUCACUCCCAAAGAGGCCAGGAAGUUCUUCAGACAGAUCAUCUCAGCCCUGGACUUCUGCCACAGCCACUCCAUAUGCCACAGAGACCUGAAGCCGGAGAACUUGUUGUUAGACGAGAAGAACAACAUCAGGAUAGCAGACUUUGGCAUGGCGUCUCUGCAGGUCGGGGACAGUCUGCUGGAGACCAGCUGCGGAUCUCCGCACUACGCCUGCCCAGAGGUCAUCAGGGGGGAGAAGUACGACGGGAGGAAAGCCGACGCGUGGAGCUGUGGAGUCAUCCUGUUUGCACUGUUAGUGGGCGCCCUGCCUUUCGACGACGACAACCUGAGGAAUCUUCUGGAGAAGGUGAAGCUGGGAGUUUUCCACAUGCCUCACUUCAUCCCUCCCGAUUGUCAGAACCUUCUGCGCGGUAUGAUUGAAGUGGACGCCGGCAAGAGGCUCACGAGCUGGAAAGAACGAGCCGGAGCCGGAGCAGCCCGUCCCGAGGAAGGUGGCCAUCAGGACCAUGGCCGCCACCGAGGAGAUCGACCCCGACGUCCUGGAGAGCAUGCACUCCCUGGGCUGCUUCAGAGACAAGGAGAAGCUGACCAAAGACCUGCUGUCUGAGGAAGAAAACCAGGAAAAGAUGAUCUACUUCCUGCUGCUGGACCGCAAGGAGAGGUAUCCGAGCCAAGAGGACCAGAACCUGCCGCCACGCGCCGAGAUCGCAGACCCCCCCAGGAAGCGCGUGGACUCGCCCAUGCUGAGUCGCCACGGUAAGCGGCGGCCGGAGAGGAAGUCCAUGGAGGUGCUGAGCGUCACCGAGGGGGGGUCGCCCGUCCCGGUGCGACGAGCCAUCGACAUGGCGACCAACGGGCAGAGUUUUCAGUAAAAGCUUGGAUAUCACAAACGCUAACUGCAGCAAGGAGGAAAGAUCGCGGUCCAUCAGCGGAGCGUCCUCCGGUCUGUCCACCAGCCCUCUCAGCAGUCCCAGGGUGACCCCCCAUCCCUCCCCCCGAGGGAGCCCUCUCCCCACCCCCAAAGGCACCCCGGUGCACACGCCCAAGGACAGCCCGGCCGGGACGCCCAGCCCCACGCCGCCGCCCAGCCCGUCCAUCGGGGGCGUCCCCUGGAGGACGCGGCUCAACUCCAUCAAGAACAGCUUCCUGGGCUCGCCGCGCUUCCACCGCCGGAAAAUGCAAGUUCCCACCCAGGAAGACAUGUCCAGUCUGACUCCAGACUCGUCUCCAGAACUGGCUAAGAAGUCGUGGUUCGGGAACUUCAUCAACCUCGAGAAAGAGGAGCAGAUCUUCAUCGUGAUCAGAGACAAACCUCUCAGCUCCAUCAAGGCAGACAUCGUCCACGCCUUCCUCUCCAUCCCCAGUCUGAGCCACAGCGUCAUCUCCCAGACCAGUUUCCGGGCGGAGUACAAGUCCACGGCCGGUCCGACGGUUUUCCAGAAGCCCGUGAAGUUCCAGGUGGACAUCACCUACACGGAGAGCACCAGCGCCACCAAGGACAACGGGAUCUACUCCGUCACCUUCACGCUGCUCUCAGGUCCCAGCCGGCGGUUCAAGCGCGUGGUGGAGACCAUCCAGGCCCAGCUGCUCAGCUCCGACCAUCCGGCUCCACCCCUAGAUAUCUGGCAGCCCGUUGAGUAACUUCUUUGACGUAAUUAAACAGCUUUUUUCAGACGAGAAGAUCCACUCGUCCCUCUCCCCCGGUGCCCCCGCCGCGCCUAGCUCCCCCGCCAAGCAUGCCCCCGGCAGCAGGCCCAGCCAGCCCCCGCCCAAUGACUCUAAAUGCCCCCCCGGCAAAGACAAAACAAAGAUGGCGGCCGGCAACAGGACACAGGAACAACCUUAAGGAGCGGUAGCUGUGCAUGCCUAGAUAAAAAGCCGUUAUCAGGUCUUUAAGGGGGACGAGGACCCUUUAGAAGGAGGGAAAAGAAAAACAAAUCUACUUUUUGCCUAUACAUUUUCUACCGUAUAAUGUGAAUGGCUAUUUCAGUUGAUCAGUAUUUUACAAUAAGUAGCAAAUGUAGCUUUGUUGUCCCCCACUCUGUGUCCCUCUGUGUGUCCUCGGGGGGUCUUUCGGUGGGUGUGUGUGUCCUUCCUCACAUGUGUGAUGGCUUGACUUGUCUCUGCCACCAGGGAUCAUCCAUAAUAACUAUUAACUCGGAGACCGAGCGACACCGAGAGAGUCUGAAGAAAAGAAAGAGGAAAACCCUUUCCUCCCUCUUCACCCCCCCACUAC